AUGUACGGAAUGGUCGAUGGCUUUGUGGAUGACGUCGUCUUGACGGUAAAAGGCGAGACGCUGGAAAAGGUGAAAAUGUUGGCAACCGAGGCGAUCGACAUGAUUGAAAUCACCGUCGGUGAGCACGCCAUAGCUUUGAAGCGCGUGUUGAAAUACCUGGGAGUGAUGAUCGAUGACCGGCUAAACUUCAAAAGCCACGUUGAAUAUGACUGUGAGAAGGCUUCGAAAGCCAUCAACGGGAUAGCUAGAAUCAUGCCGAACAACCCUGGUCCUAGCAGUAGCAAAAGGUGUCUUCUGGGCAGUGUGUCGUCGUCGAUACUGCGGUAUGGAGGUCCAGUCUGGGCUGCAGCUCUGGAAACGAAGCAGAACCAAAGGAAACUGGCUAUGCGAGUCGUGAAUGCGUACAGAAUUAUCUCGUCGGAAGCGUAG